CCAUUUAUGCCAAUAUGAUGAUGAUGUUUUGUUUGCAAAUAAAUAAUGUUUUUUUCAUUUCAAUGGUAAAAAUCAGUUCUACAACAUACACACAAUGCCUGUGCUUGUAGAUAUGUCUUACUUUAUUUCAUCACAGGUCUUAACAACUGAUGCUGAAGGCCUCGACGAGGAGUCAGUGGUGGACAACACGUGUAGGGUAUUAUUAUCUUUCUGUUUUUACGGCCAUGCUUCAACAUUACUUUAACUAUCCGAUGAUUCUAUGGUCUUCUGUUUCUUGUAGGCUGUCAUUGAUUACAUCUACCCUUCCAUCACACAGCUGCGAUAUUAUGAAGACUCUGAGAUGCCUUACGAAAGGAAGGUAUGCCGUCUAAAUCCUCUGGAAGACUGGCUACAUUGCGAUCGGUUUCUGGCAUUUUGCAAAAAGUAUAGAUCAAAGUUUGAUUAUUUCAUGGAGAAGUAUUCAAGAGUUGGUGUUUUUGAUAAAGAAGAUGUGUUACCGCAUCCUAGUGAUAAAACUUCCCAAAUUGCCGGGGUUGAUGAUGAUGAUGUUCUCGAUAGGUAUAAACACUUCAAGGGGUUUGAGAUCAUCAACAGACCUCCACUAGAUAAUCUUUUUUCUGGUUCUAAGUAUUGCGAGAAGGAGGAGGUAAGCAGUGGCGGGCUCAGAAAUUAUUUGUUGGGGUGCGGAUGAGUGUUCAAGCAUAUUUUCAUGGGGUGCGGUCGGGUUUUUUGCCUAAAAAAUAUACUAAUUUUUUUUUUUCAAGGGGUGCGCCCGCCCACCCUGGGCUUCACCUAGGUCCGCCCAUGGAGAUAGUGCUGGCUAUGGCUAGUGGCAUAACACGCGAGUUGCUGAAUUUAGAAAAACAGUUGCAAAAUCCGGAUUCAAUAUUUGUGAGGGCCUAUAAAUCGAAGAUAGAUGUUUUAACGGCUGUAAUCAUUGGACAAAAGGGGACUCCGUAUCAUGAUGGGCUCUUCUUUAUUGAUGUUAUUUUCAGAGCAUGUUUUCCUCAACAGGCGCCUCUUUUCUGCCUUCGCUCUUUUGGUUAUGCUAUCAAUCCACAUAUGUUCAAAUGCGGUGAAGUUCGCUUACACCUUAGCCACCAAUGGACCUUACCGUCUGGAAGUAUCUGGGAGCCUUUUCAAACGACCGUGUACGACGUUCUGGUUGCCAUACGGGAUCAAGUUUUGAACGCUGACCCUUUGUUCCACCAACCUGGAUUUGUAGAGUGUGGAGCCUCUGUGGUCUCAGAAUACUUUUCUUUUCUCUACAACGAGAACGUCCUGAUAAAGUCGCUCAAAAUAAUGACGUGUAUCAUGAAUAAACCUCCCAAGAACUUUGAGGCUUUUGUAAUUGGGCAUUUUCGAAAUCGUGCGAAAGAUAUUAUGAAGGAGUGUAUAGCUUAUGUAAACGGCCUGAAAGCCGGAAAUGGGGAGGGUAACAACAGUUGCUGCUACUCACAUGAGUUCCGGGAAGAUGUUGCUUCAUGUAUCCCGGAACUUAACAACUCUUUUAACAAAAUCAGAGCAACUUUUGAUGACGUUGUCCGUUCUUUAACGCUAGAUCCAAUGUAUUUGUGCUUAUGUAGACGGCCUGUAAUCUCUUUCUCACCCUCUCUCCCUAUCUACCUUUAUUCAUGA